AUGGCGUCGGGCAAUGCUACCGUGAAGGCCGUCCUUAGCGGCGACACUGUCGUCCUCAUGGGCAACGCCACGAAUGGCCCUCCGCCGGAGCUCAUGCUUACGCUGGCCUCGCUCCAGGCGCCCAAGCUCGCCCGCACAGCCGAGCAGCACGACGAGCCGUACGCAUUUGCAUCGCGCGAGUACCUGCGCAACCUCCUCAUUGGCAAGGUCGUGCGCUUCAAGGUCGAGUACAAGGUCUCGGUCAUCAACCGCGACUUUGGCUCGAUCUACCUCGACGGCGAAAACGUGUGCGUCCUCGUUGCCAAGGCUGGUUUUGCCAAGGUCAAGACGCUCGAACAGAGCCGCGAUGGGUGCUCGCCCGACUUGGAAGAGAUGCUGCGCGUCGAGCAGAUCGCGAUCACGGAGAAGAAGGGAAUGUACGCCGAAGACAACAAUGCGACGCGCCACGUGACGUGGGGUGGCGCGACGGGCGAAGAGCUCUUGGGCCGCUUCAAGGGCCAGCAGAUCCCCGCGAUCAUCGAAAUGGUCCGCGACGGCGCGGCGAUGCGCGUCAUCCUCCUCUCGACGAUGCAGAUCAUCAACUUUGCGCUCUCGGGCGUCCAGUGCCCGCGCAUCAACCCGCCGGUCGGCGCCGAAGCCACGGGCCCCGCACCGUUUGCGCGCGAAGCCAAGCUCUUUACCGAGAUGCGCCUCCUGCACCGCAAGGUCAACGUCAAGCUCGAGGGUGUCGACAAGUUUGGUAAUUGCUUUGGCAGCGUCGUGCACCCGUCGGGCCACAACAUUAGCGUCGAGAUCCUCAAGAACGGUCUCGGCAAGAUGAGCGACUGGAGCUCGGAGUUUCUCAGCGUCGCGACGCGUACCGAGAUGCGCAACGCCGAGAAGACGGCCAAGCUCCUCAAGCUGCGCGUGUGGGUCGACUACGUCCCGCCGGUGCUUACGGCGACCGACACGUCGCUGACGGCGAUCGUCGUCGAGGUUGUGAGCGGCGACUGCAUUGUCGUGGCGCACAAGAACAAGAAUUUCGAGGAGCAGCGCAUCUACCUCUCGUCGCUGCGCGCACCCGCAUGGGCAACGCCCGGCGCAACGAGCCGAACGCGCCGGCUCCGCGCCAAGUGCAUUGGCAAAUCCGUCUCGAUUGAGAUUGAGUACGAGCGCAACAACCCGAAUUUGGCCGACAACAACGUCAUGACGUUUGCGAGCGUCUUUCUCGAAGCGACGCCCGCGAAGAAGAAGGGCGCCGAGCCCAAGCCCCGCAUCAACCUCGGCGAGUCGCUUAUCCUCGACGGCCUCGCCGAAGUCGUGCGCCACCGCCAAGGCGAGGAAAAGUCGGCCCACUACGACCUCCUCGUCGCCGCGGAGGCGACGGCCAAGGCCGCCAAGCGCGGCCUCCACUCGGGCAAGCCGUCGCCCGAGGCGCGCAUCACCGACCUCUGCUUUGACGCGCACAAGGCCAAGCAGUACCUUCCGUUUCUCCAGCGCGAAAAGACGAUGCGCGCGGUCGUCGAAGCCGUGUACGCUGGCAACCGCUUCAAGGUCUACGUGCCCAAGGAGAACUGCACGGUCAACUUUAUCGUGGCCGGUAUCAAGUGCCCGCAGCCGGCCAAGCCGUCCAAGGACGCCGAGCCGUACGGCGAGGACGCACGCCGCCUUGCGCGCCGCAGCGUCAUGCAGCGCAACGUGCUCAUCGAAGUCGAGGACAUGGACCGCAUGGGCAACGCGUUUGGCCCGAUGUUUGUGGGCACGAAGGACACGAAGAACGACUUUGGCGUGACGCUCCUCUCGAGCGGCUAUGCGCGCAUUGACGAUUUCUCGAUUGACCGCACGGCUCGAGCGCCGACCUCCAGAAGGCCCAAGAGACGGCCAAGGCAAGAGGCCGUGGCCAAGACGGUCGUGCGGCGAACGGCGGACGAGGUCCUCCCGGUCGUCCGGCUCUCGGAGAUUACGAACGCGACGACGUUUUACAUUCAAAACAUCGGCGACCGGACGCUCGCGACGCUCGAGCAAAAGAUGAAGAUGUUUACGGACGCCGUCGGCACGGACGGCAAGACCUUUGAGAUGAAGAAGGGCGUGCUCUGCGCUGCCCUCUUUGACGACGGCCAGGGCCCGGCGUGGAACCGCGCGCGCAUCGAGUCGCUCUCCGUGCGUGGCGUGCAGGUGUUUUUCGUCGACCACGGCAACACGGAGUUUGUGCCGACGACGCGGCUCCGCCCGCUCGACCCAGCGCUCGCGCAGUACCCGCCGCAGGCCAAGCCGUGCGUCUUGGGCUUCAUCAAGCCGUUUGGGGACGGCGCCGAGUACGCCGAGGACGCGGCGCACGUGUUUAACGACACGGCGUGGGGCAAGACGCUGACGGCGAUUCUGCACGGCCAUGACGGCAACGGCCGGCAGAUGGUGACGCUCCAGCUCCAGGACAAGAGCGUGGCCGAGAUCCUCUUGGAGCAAGGCAUCGCCAAGGUCGACCGCGCGGCCAUUAAGCGCGCCGAGCCGUACCAAAAGGUCGUUGUCGACAAGCUCUUGGCGGCUCUCGACCACGCCAAGCGUCGCCGCCUCUGCCUCUGGCACUAUGGUGACGCCGAGUCGGACCUCGACGAUUAA